AUGUACACUUUUCGACGGGCUUCCGAUGACAUUGCUGAGUUAGCUCGGCAAUUGGGAGUAAGCAACAUCAUUUUGGGCGGGCAUGACUGCUACACGCCUAUUCGCCUUCUUGCAAAGACACUGCCAAACUUUGCGUACAUGGAACAUCUGGCGUCUGGAGAGCUAGAAGAGCAUAUCCAGUCCAAAUCUGAGCUACGAGCUUUUCUCAACGGAUGCUUUGGAUUCCCUCGUGGCCCUAAUGGCGAGGUUGGUUUCACGCCAGAGCACGGCAUGCAGUUUGAGAACCUUCUCAAACUAGGUGCUACAGCACUUUUCACAUCACGUGAAUUGGACUACUACGCAGGCGAGUAUGCUCGUAAUGGCAUACGCGGGCCUGAUAAUUGGUACAGAAUAAGAGACUUGAAUUUCUCGACCGAAUAUGAAUAA